CUCUAACUCCAUUCUAGUACACAGCUUCUUCUCUUUCCAAGGACUGAACAAAUAGUUGCAGUGAAGCCAUGGCUCUGACUUUACAUGCCAUUAGUACACACUAUAGAGGCUUUAAGUCUCGCAUUGCAGCGGAAUAUAGUGGUGUUAAAAUUGAACUGGCAAAAAGUUUUGAGAUGGGUGUAUCAAAUCAGACUCCUGAGUUUCUCAAGAUGAAUCCUAUAGGAAAGGUUCCUGUUCUUGAAACCCCUGAUGGCCCAAUAUUUGAAAGUAAUGCUAUUGCACGCUAUGUAACAAAGUUGCAGCCUGAGAACCCCUUGUAUGGCACCUCCUUGUAUGAUUAUGGCCGCAUUGAACAAUGGAUUGACUUUGCUACUACAGAGAUCGAAGUGAAUAUAGAGCGUUGGUAUCUUUCACGAAUUGGUAUCGCUCAAUAUCUUCCUCUGGCUGAGGAGGCUGCAAUUUCUUCAUUGAAGAGAGCUCUUGGAGCUUUGAAUACCCAUCUUGCCUCUAACACUUAUUUGGUUGGACACGGGGUCUCUCUGGCUGACAUUAUUAUGACAUGCAACCUUAGUUAUGGAUUCUUUCAAAUUAUGACAAAGAGCUUUACCUCGGAAUUCCCACAUGUCGAGAGAUACUUCUGGACCAUGGUUAAUCAGCCAAAAUUUCACAAAUUUUUCGGUGAUGUAAAGCAAGCGGACUCUAUUCCGCCUGUUGCAUCCAAGAAGCCUGUGCAGGCAAAAGAACCUGCAAAACCCAAUCCAAAGGAUGAACCGAAGAAAGAGGCUAAGAAGGAAGAAGUGAAGCCUAAAGAAGUAGAAGAGGAAGAAUCACCUAAGCCAAAAGCAAAGAAUCCUUUGGAUCUUUUGCCUCCAAGUAAGAUGAUAUUGGACGAAUGGAAGAGACUUUAUUCCAACACUAAGACCAACUUUCGUGAGGUUGCCAUUAAAGGAUUUUGGGACAUGUACGAUCCCCAGGGAUACUCUCUGUGGUUCUGCAACUACAAGUACAAUGAUGAAAACACUGUCUCAUUUGUGACUUUGAACAAGGUGAGUGGAUUUCUGCAGCGAAUGGAUCUGGCACGCAAAUAUGCAUUUGGGAAAAUGUUAGUGAUUGGUUCUGAACCCCCUUUCAAGGUGAAGGGACUGUGGCUUUUCCGUGGGAAAGAAAUUCCUCAGUUUGUUCUCGAUGAAUGUUAUGACAUGGAGCUUUUCGAGUGGACCAAGGUGGAUGUCAAGGAUGAAGCUCAAAAGGAGCGUGUUAGCCAAAUGAUUGAAGAUGCCGAGCCUUUUGAGGGCGAGGCUCUGUUGGAUGCCAAGUGCUUUAAGUGAUGAGACAAUAGCUUACAUCCCAACAUGUUCCUUGUAGUUUGAGGUUUCGGCCUACCUUAAUUUUGCCUUCGUGAAUACUAGGUGUAUCUAAGUUCAACUCGUGCCAACAGUUUGUCUGCAUGUUGACGUGCUAUGUAUUUGCCUUGAUUUUAUUCUACUUAUGCUUUUAUUGGUAUUGUGUUG